AUGUCGACCGUCGUCCCGCCUCGCCCCAAGCGCCAGCGCCUCACGGCACCGUCGGUGGCCGCUGCCGCCGUCGCCGCCCAGGGCCCCGUGCAGACCAUCAUCUGCCAGUUCCGCAACGCCCAGGACGGCACCCUGCUCGGCCCGUCCGUGUCGCUGCUUGCCGACACGACUCGCGAGGGCCUCGAGCUCCUCGCCAACAACCUCAAGGGCACGGCCGAGGACCCGGUCCCAUUCUCGUUCCACCUCCAGCUCCCGUCGACCGCCGCACCGCCCGCCGAGGACGGCAAGCCCACCGCGCCCGAGGAGGGCCUGCGGCUCCCCAUCGCGCGCUCGAUCCACGCCGACCUCCUGUCGCACCCCAAGCACGCCAACAAGCUCAGCACCGAGGACGUGUUUGUCAUCGACUGCGAGCCCGAGGCCGUGUUCCGCGUCAGGGAGAUCAGCCGGUGCAGCAGCAGCCUCGACGGUCACGCCUCGCCAAUCCUGUGCGCCUCGUUCUCGCCGACAGGCCGGUUCCUCGCGACGGGCUCGGGCGACAACACGUGCCGGCUGUGGAACCUCGACUCGGAAACGCCCGCGGCGACGCUCGCCGGCCACACCGGGUGGCUCCUGUGCGUCGAGUGGGACGGCCUCGAGCGCCAGGUCGCGACGGGCAGCAUGGACAACUCGGUGCGGCUGUGGGACCCCAAGACGGGCAAGCAGGUCGGCGAGCCGAUGAGGGGCCACUCGAAGUGGAUCACGAGCCUCGCGUGGGAGCCCAUUCACGUGUGCUUGUCGGCCGCCCACAGCAACGCCUCGCAGCCCCGGCUCGCGUCGUCGUCCAAGGACGGCACGGUGCGCGUGUGGAACGCCAUGCACCGCAAGAUGGACUUUGCGCUCGGCGGGCACACGGCGUCGGUCAACGUCGUGCGGUGGGGCGGCGAGGGCGUCAUCUACACGGCGAGCAGCGACAGGACGGUCAAGCUGUGGGACGGCAAGGCGGGCAAGCUCAUCCGAACUUUGUCCGAGCACGCCCACUGGGUCAACACGAUGGCGCUCAACACCGACUUUAUCCUGCGCACGGGCCCGUUCGACCACCUCGCCAAGGCGCCCAAGACGGAUGACGAGGCCAAGGAGCUCGCCCUCAAGCGCUACACGGCCUUCACCUCCCGCACGCCCGAGCAGCUCAUCACGGGCUCGGACGACCACACGCUCUUCCUGUGGCCGCCCGUCAACUCGUCGGGCGAUGCGGCCGUCGCCAACCCGAAAAAGCCCGUCGCGCGCCUCACGGGCCACCAGAAGCAGGUCAACCACGUCGCGUUCAGCCCGGACGGCAAGUACAUCGCGAGCGCGGGCUUUGACAACGCCGUCAAGCUGUGGGACGGCCGCACGGGCAAGUUCAUCGCCUCGCUGCGCGGCCACGUCGCCGCCGUGUACCGCAUCUCGUGGUCGGCCGACUCGCGCAUGCUCGUCUCGGCGUCCAAGGACUCGACGCUCAAGCUGUGGGACCUCAAGACGUUCAAGAUCCGGGUCGACCUCCCCGGGCACAGCGACGAGGUGUACUGCGUCGACUUUGUCGCCGACAAGAUUGCGAGCGGCGGCAGGGACAAGAAGGUCAAGAUGUGCGUCGGCCUCGGCUCUCUUUCCCUUUCUUCUCGGACGUACCGCAGGCGGGCUCGGGAGCGCCAGAUGCGGCACCCGCGUCGGGCCAGAACUGACACAGUCGACGGGCGCGCAGCUGGAGGCACUAGAUGA